CAGCUGAGAAAUGGAUGUUUUUAACAAACUCCGCAGUGCAGUCAGCAGCGCUCUUCCUGGAAAUCCCCUCUCUAAAGACUUUGAUGUCUCUAACCACAUUGCCUCUGGUGGGCCAGAACUGUCAUGGAAGAUUUACAAUGCUAUUAAGAGGACCACCAAACAGGAAGCAGCAGUCUUUGUGUUUGAGAAGAAGCAGUUGGAAAAAUACUCCAAAAGAGACAGAGAAUUGGUUAUCGAGUCGUUAAAAAAAGGUGUUUCACAGCUGACGAGAUUAAGGCACCCAAAGAUUUUGUCUGUCCUUCACCCAUUGGAGGAAUCAAGAGAGGCCCUUGCAUUUGCUACGGAACCAGUGUUUGCCAGUUUAGCCAAUGUUUUAGGAGAUCACACAAAUGUACCCACCCCAGUUCCCCCUGAACUGGCCGAGUUUAAACUGUUUGAGGUAGAAAUCAAGCAUGGUGUCCUACAGUUGACAGAGGGACUGGGAUUUCUUCACAAAGAUGCCAAAAUAAUGCACAACAAUGUGUGCCCAUCCAGCAUUAUUAUAAACAAGUAUGGUUCAUGGAAACUGGCUGGUUUUGACUUCUGUGUUCCCAAUGCCAACCAACAGGACCAAAGUAAUUUAUUUCCAUGUAAUGAGUGGAAUCCUGAUCAGCCACCGGUGACCCAGCCUGACCUUGACUACAUGGCUCCAGAGUACUACCUGACCCACAGCUGUAGUGAGGCCAGUGACAUGUUCUCUCUGGGGGUCUUAAUCUACUGUAUCUACAACCAUGGCAAAGCUCUGUAUGAGUGUCAUGGUCAGCUGUCUCAGUUCAAAAAAUUUGUAGAGGAGCUGAGGAAAUUCAGGUCAUCUCUUCUGGGAAGUGUUCCUGACAGUCUGCAACAGUAUGUGAAACUCCUCCUUAACACAGAACCUACAGUCAGACCAGAUCCUAGUCAGUUGAUGAAGGUGGAUUUCUUUGAUGAUGUUGGAACUGUAACUCUGCAAUUUAUGGAUACUUUAUUUCAACGAGACAACUUGCAGAAAUCUGAGUUCUUUAGAGGCCUUCCUAAAAUCAUGAAAAAUCUUCCCAAGAGAGUGAACCUACAGCGAAUCUUGCCUCCCCUCGUGAAGGAGAGUGUGAAUGCUGACAUGGUCCCUUUUACCCUCCCCAGCCUCCUUCUGAUGGCUGACCAGGCGACGGAAACAGAGUACAGAACUAUUAUAUUCCCUGCUCUUAUUCCUCUACUGAAGAUUAAAGAACCCAUACAGGUAUCACUGAUCUUUAUGCAAAACAUGAAAUUACUGCUGAAGAAGACUCCUAAGAAUGAGAUUACCAAUCACAUUUUACCCAUGAUUCAUCAGUCACUCGAGGCAGAUAACUCUCAACUGCAGGAUAUGUGUUUGGAUAUUGUGCCAACAUUUGCUGGACUGAUAGAAUUUUCUGCUUUGAAAAAAUCCAUUCUGCCUCGGAUAAAGAAGAUCUGUCUUUCAACAGGAACCCUCUCAGUGAGGAUUAACUGUCUGCUGUGUAUUGGUAAAUUGUUGGAGUACAUGGAUAAGUGGACCGUUCUGGAUGAUGUCCUGCCUCUCCUCCCUCAGAUACCCUCCCGGGAGCCCGCUGUCCUAAUGAGCAUUCUGGGAAUUUAUCAGGUGACCAUGUCCCAUGCUAAACUUGGGAUUACUAAGGACAUUCUGGCUACCAAAGUUCUACCAUUUCUGAUACCAGUCAGUAUUGACAGUAAUCUCAAUCUAUCACAGUUCAGUGCCUAUAUAACAACAAUCAAGGAUAUGAUUAACAAGCUGGAGGCAGAGCAUUCCAGUAAACUCGAACAGAUCGACAAAAUGAGACAAGAACAAAAAACUAUAGAAAUUACAAAAAUAACAGGACAAGAUGAAAAAGCUACUAAAACUGGGGAACCUAAAACUAUGAUGGACCAGUUUUUGAGUGGGUUUGGUGUUGAACAAACUGUCACAAAUAGUAAACAUACUCCAGAGCCAUCUAGAACUCCAACCCCAGCCAGUGCCAAGGACAGCGAAUCUAAAUCUGUCCCAAAGACACUCUCUUUAGAGGAAAAACAGAGAUUAGCUCAGCAACAGGAACAACAGAGAAGGUUUAAGGAGCAGAAGCCCCUGACGAUGUCUGCCAGUAAAGCUGCACCCUCAGUAUCAAAGUCACAACCCAAAGAUUUAACGGCUUCAUUAAUGAACUCAAACACAAUGGGGCAACCAAGGAUGAUUGGAAAUCAAGGACUGAUGGGACAACAGAGUAUGAAUUCAAAUGUUAUGCAGUUUUCACAAGCUGUGUCUAGUACUGGUGGCUUCCCAAAUUAUUCAGGGGUAGGAUCUAUGGGGCAGUCUCAGAGUUCUUCAGGAAUUCGAUCAACAUCAACAACAAACAGUAAACAGUCAUUUGACUUGUCAGCAUUCGACUCAAUUCUUCCUAGUACCACACAACCAAAGGCAACUCUGAAUCAAAUGUCUGGCAUUCAGUCACAAGGGUCUUCUCUUCCUAUGAGCAGUUCUUCAUUCAGUUCAAUGAUGAAUCAGCCAAUGAGACCACAGAUCAAUAUGAUGCCAGGGCAGCCGGGGAUGAUGGGUAAUUCGGGAUUCAUGGGACAGCAGGGCAUGAUGGGAAAUCAGGGAAUAAUGGGAAGUCAAGGAAUGAUGGGAAAUCAAGGAUUUAUGGGACAACAAAAUAUGAUGAGAAAACCUCCUCCAAUGAUGCAGGGACAGUUUAACAUGCCAAUGAACAGUAUGAAUAUACCCCAGAAUCAAGGAUCUAGUAACUCACAAAGUUCAAAUAUCACCAGUAAUGAUAUAUCAGAUAUAUUUGGGUAACUUUAUAUGAUAAAAGAGAAAUUACUGCCAAAGAUGUCAGUAUAGUUUGUUUUUUAAUUUCAGAUCAUGUUUAACAUUAUCAUUUCAUUAUAAUAAUGUUAUCAUAUGUUAAAGAAUAUCUAUUUAUAUAUGUUUUUCUUGAACAUUCCAUAUUAAGUGUUUUGACCUAUUUAUUUCUUUCUGCAAUGUUUUGUGCAAUAUCAGUUCCAUUUAACUGCUUUCAUCAAUGGAAAAGACCUGUUAUUUACUAGGUUUGGGUCAUUAGUUAAAGUAAGAGAAUGUGCAGUUCAUACUCUGUGCUUGCAAUUUCCUUCUUGAUAUUUCUUAAAUAAGUACUGUACAUUUAUGAGGAGCUUAAAACAUUAUCAGUAGAUAAUAACAAAUUUUAAACAUGAGAAGAGUGAAACAAAAAUGUUUGUCUUCAGGCUUGUAUGAAGAAGUAUUAAUACAAAUUUUUAUUUAUUAAUAUCGUCAUGUCAGUGACUUUGCUAUUGGAGACUGUGAUAAUGUUAUUAAAGCUAUGACUAACUUAA